AUGGCAACUAGAAAUGGAGCUGACAAUUUAUUCAAACAUGUUGAUACAAAUCAAUAUGAAAAGAUUGAUAGAAAUGAAUUUCGUCAUUCGUUUUCAAAUACUGAAGGAUUGAAUAAUUCAUCAUAUGACUCAACAGCUAGAAGACUCUAUCGUAAUGAUUAUACUACUAAUCAAUUUGAUCGAUACAACUAUAAUGGUAGUGAUUACGAUGCUUCAAAACGUACGGCUGAUAAAUAUAUUUCAUAUGGAAGUACACUAGCACCUCCUGAGUGGGCUAAUGCUACGGUGAUUGACACAUAUAGUACGGAAGAAACGAAUGAAUAUCUUAGAAAAUUAGGUGAUAAUGUUUUUAUCGAUCCUAAUCCGCAAAUUAUUCGACGAACACUACCUGAAGAACCAGUAGCACUAGAACAACGGGUUUUUAUCCAAUAUCUUCAACCAUCAUCUGUUCGAGAAUCAGGACCAUUCGUCACUAAAGAACGUCCACGAUAA